AUGCCAGUAGAUUUCUUUUCUGAUUGUGAUUGUCCUCACUGUUCGAAUGGUGUUCAGAGCGAUUCUGAAUGGAAUCUUGAUUCCAGGAGUAGAAGUCAUGACUCCUUACCUUAUCAAUCAAGGAAGAAAUCCAAGCCUUCUCCCAGCACACAAAACUUACUUUUGCAAGGUUGUUUCCCCAAGUUGGAGGACGAGAACAAAGAAGAUCCAGUGUUUGUUCCCACCAAGAAGACAAGCUCUAUGGGGUUUUCUCAAAAACAUUACCUUAGUCUAAGCCCUGAAGAUGUCAAAAAGAAAUUGAAACCAUUGAGAGAACUCACUAUUCAAGAUUUACUAAAGGAGUUUGGGGAUUGUGGGAACUUCCAACCAAACUCUAUGUCUCUGGGCCACUUGAGAGAUCAGGUAGUUAUGAAGUUCAGAAGGGCUCUUUAUUAUUCUGGGAUAUGGGUGAAACAUGUCCAAGGCUGCAAAUUGGAUAAACAGUUGACCGCUAAUUAUUUCAAAACAAAUCCUGGAAGUCUACACCGGCUAGUGCCCUGGCUGAAAAGAGAACUAACAGCUGUUUAUGGCAAUUAUGGAUAUACAGUGAAGAAUAUUCUAGAUGCUGUCCUUCAUCACAUGACAGAAUAUGAUUUGGACAGUGAUUCCUUUAUUCACCUUCUGGAACCUUAUCUCCUACAACAUACCCAUCAUUUCCUGCAUGAGUUUAUCACUUUUGUUCGUUCACCUUACAACAUAGAAACCUAUGACCAGCGAGCCAUCUAUCAAUGGACUCCUACCUCCACAUGGGUGCAAAAUAAGCCCAGGGAUUCAGCUCCUGUUUAUUUUUGGCCUGAGGGUUGUGCUCCUAACGCAUCUCAGCAUGACACGAAGCAGUCUCAGAACACCCAGGUUCAAUGGAAUAGUGAAGAGAGGCCUCAGUCUGGAAAGAAACUAUUCCCAAAUGGCCACUCUUCCUUCAAAAAUACGAGAAUUCCACUGGCCCAUCAAGAAACAGCAGACAAAAGCCACAUUUGUACCAAAGACAAACUAAAACCAAGUGAUCACAAAGGCAUAGUUUCUAAUAACAAUAAUAACAAUAAUAUGGUUAUUACUUGGGCUACCUUAAGGAAAAGAGUUCGAGGUUACAAACACUGUGCUCAAGAGAAAAAGGAAGAAGGGAUGAAAUUGUUUCCUGGCCAUGAUCUACACAAGAAUGAAACAACUGACUACAACUUCAGUAUUCCAGAAAUUUCCAAUGAAGUGCAACCUCCCAAGUUCACUGCAAGAGAAGAAAAGGCUGUGAGCACUUGCCAGAAGAUACAUUUGCACACAAAAGAAGGAGAAGAAAACAAAUGCACUAAAUCUUCACCCAAGAGUUUUCGGAGAUGCUCUAGAGGAAGAUCCUUGACAAAGUGCAGAUGCAGAGAAAGAGACCUUGCCAAAUUUGGUUCGCAUUUCAGUAGAAGAACCCAAAGGCAAUCCAAAUGCAGUAAUCGCAGAUCCAAAUCCUGGACCUGUGUUGAACCUAGAAAGAGAUCUCUAAGCAGAGAAGUGAGUAAUCGCUCUCUGGGAGAAAGUUGUGCAAGUGAGCAUUGCUGCCAGCAUAUGUGCUGUCGGUGGUCAAGAGAAAAGAAUGCACAUGUCUAUGAAGCAAGUAACAGAAGAGCCUCUUUGUCCCCAUUCCAACUCAUGAAGCUUCCAUCGACUUGUAGGAAGAAGCCUGACUUGCCUUCUAAAUGUCAAGGUGCUUCCCAAACUAGAAGCACUUGUAGCAGCCUCACUGGCCCACAGACUGGGAUACGUAGAUCCCUCAGUAACCAGGAGAUGAAGCCCCAAAUAUUGUUUCCUCAAGCUAGAAAUAUUAGGUACAAGAAGACAGAAUGCCAGUUUACAGAUAGCCUGAUGGAGGUGACUGGUGCAUCCAGGGACCGGGGUUUGAAAGAAUCAGUCUUUACAAACAGGGAGAAGCAAUAUGUCAGUCUGACGUGUGUCCUGUGGCCAAGUGGUAUCUGCCACAAAGUGAUUGCCUGCCAACUUGUGACACAUUAUGGCAGGUAUCGCAGCAAGCAGCUCCCCUUGGCACAGAGGAGAGUUAAUGAAGGAGUGGAAGGGACAUCUCGACAGAUGCAAACAGCCUAUGGAACAUGCCUCCAGAAUGCUCCUGGAAAUACAGAAGAGGAGGGCAUUCUUGUAUCAACCUCCACUGUGACCUGCGGAAUGGCUGAGUUCCCAGUCCCUAAAGAGUAUGCCAGUUUUUGUAUGACUCGGUGGGAGAAGUCUAAGUGA